GCAGGCUUUUAUUGGAUGAAGGCAUGGUCUAAGCAGAAUGGCAGUGGUGAGAUGACGGAGGUGGAGCCGGCGUUGGAUUUUGCGUCGUCGGGUCGAUCAGGUCGACGUAAUGCUCUGCCUGACAUCCUGGGCUCUCCUGCCGGAGUCAGUCCCUCGGACCUGCCCCUCAAACUAGCCGAGCUCUCGCUCACAGACGGUCCCGGAGCAGCUCAGUCUCCAACAACCCAGGAGGCUCCGCUCCCUCCAGAGAGCUCGGAGGAGAAACAGGGAUCCUGAAAGCUCCUCCUCGCAUCCCACACUAACGGAGAGAGAAAGAAAAGGAAAUAUAAUUGUGGCGAUACCUCAGGGACAAGACUGGAUUACUGCACACGCUGUGUGUGUGUGCUAUUCCACUGAGACGAUAGGGCAGCUGUACUCACGUGGUGUUGCCCGUCUAGGGCCAGACAAACGCUCACUGCAAGUGAGCAGAAACAUCAGCUUUUAAGCAAUCAGCGAUCUUAUUCUUAACUAAAGCUAAAAACAACGUUGGUCCUACUCGUAACAGGUGUAUUUAACAACUAUGUGCUCAUGCAGAAAAAGAAAUAAUUCUUUCAUUUGAACUUUUUCUAUUUAGUAUUGAAAGUAAAGGUAACACUUUAUUUUAAGGUGUCUUUGUUACACACAUUACACGCACUUACUGUUAUUAUAGCAAUUAAUUAUGCAUAACUACACGUAGGUAACCUUAACCAAACCCUAAUCCUAACCUUAACCAUGUACGUGUAGUUACAAUUACACUGGAACAGGGACACCUUAAAAUAAAGUGUAACCAAAUCAAAUACAGAUGUGAUUACUGGAAGGUAUUUUUUAUAUGUACAUAGAGUGUAAAAUAUACUGUAUCAUGUGAUUUUAUUUGGAAGUACGUCCAAGUGGGUCCAUUUUUUUGUUAUAAAAUAAAGGAGAAAUAAAAUAAAA